GAUGUGGCGCCCGGCACGCACAGGACAUAAGCGCUCUGCACCGCAGGAGAACCGCCUGGAAUGAUCAGGACUCUAGAACCGGAGCCCCCAGGAAACGCGUGUAUCCCCCCGGAGAACUGAAGAUGAGCUGAGCCCACCCUGCGUGCACAGUUAAAGGAAUGACAGCUGCUCAUAGAUCCCAUGUCUGGAGCUCUUUGUGAAUAGCUGAUGUCUACAAGGAACAAGACACAAUGACAACAGCUGGGCUUGCAUCUCAAGACGUUUCAUUGAAAAACAGCUUUAUGCACAGUGCACAGGGUUUAAUGUGCGGCAAAUCAUGUUGGGCAAAUCAUAACGAGUAUGAAAAUACAUUCUAUGGGAUGGAUUCUAUGCCCUAUGUUAUAAAAUCUUCCGCUCAACAGCAAACUUCCUCUAUUGGUCAACAUUCUAGGUCGGCCACCGUGAAUGGAAAUUGCUGCUCUGAAAACUGCAUGAAGAAAUCUAACUUUCUUCAUCUUGGAAUGCCUAUCAUAGAACAUUCUACAAACUGUGAAGAUGACCAAGUUGUUCCCUCCUUUAAGAAACUGUCAAUGAAUGGCGUGGUGGAAAGGACCCCUCCUUUAACGCCUGUCAAAAGUGGGCCACCACAAUUUUAUGCAAUUCCUCCUAGUGAUCGGAGCUCUAGGCCUUUACCACCUCUACCAAUUUCGGAAGAUCAUUCUUUAGAUGAGGCAGAUAGUGAAGUUGAAUUUAUUACAAGUUCCGAGACUGACUUGCUCAUACAAGAUGGAAGACCUUUGGCAUUUAAAUAUGGUGUUCCAAGCAGACGAAGCUUCAGGGGAUGUGGGCAGAUCAAUUAUGCCUAUUUUGAGUCGGUAUCUGCACCCAAAAAAGCAGAUGAAAUCCCAGCAUGUCAAGAGAAUGGAUGUGUACAAAACUUAAAACCUCAGAAACCUGAACAGUGUCACAGAAGACUAAGAAGGUCCCAUUCUGGGCCAGCUGGAUCAUAUAAUAAACCUACUAUUCGGAUACAUGCAAACAGGACUUCUCCUAAUUCAGAUGACGACAAACCUGAAGUUCCACCUAGGAUUCCAAUACCCCCUAGGCCAAUAAAGCCAGAUUACAGAAGGUGGUCAGCAGAAGUUUCCUCAAACACAUAUAGUGAUGAGGACCGACCUCCAAAGGUACCACCAAGGGAACCUUUGUCCAGGAGCAACUCUCGUACACCAAGCCCAAAGAGUCUGCCUUCAUACCUCAAUGGUGUAAUGCCCCCAACUCAGAGUUUUGCACCAGACCCAAAAUAUGUUAGCAGUAAAGCUCUUCAAAGACAAAACAGUGAAGGCUCUACCAAUAAGAUCCCUUGUAUUUUGCCUAUUAUAGAAAACGGAAAGAAGGCCAGUUCAACACAUUAUUAUCUUUUACCAGAGAAGCCCCCAUACCUUUAUCGAUAUGAAAAGUAUUUCACAGAAUCUAAAGACGCUUGCUCUGAAUCAUGGUCUAGUGACAGUAGCCUAUCUUCAGCUUCUACAAAGCCAGAUGCCAAGGCUAAAUUGGACAAUAGCCAUACCAAGCGUAAAAACUUUCAGGAUGUAGUUUCUCUGUAACGUAUGGAAUGAGUAGGUCAUUAGCAUACUGCGGGAUGUUACUUUAUGCCUAUAUGGCUAUAUGGCUGGUUCAGAGGUAGGACAAACUGAACUAAAGAAACAAAGACUAUGGUUACUUUCUCAGUUCUAAGUGAUCCUUUCCACUUGCCAUGAAGCAAAAACUGAACACCUAUGGAGUCUAUGAAUGAUCUCCUUAUUAAAAUGUGAGGUAUAAUUUAGUAAUUGUGUCAAUGUGAUGGGUGGGCGAGGCCUUAGUCACUGCUGAACAGUCCUGUACUGUAGACCAUAGUAAGAAAAGUUUGAGCAGUUACAUUUGAGAAGAUGACCUUGUGACUGUCUACUGCUGAUAUUGUAUGAAAAUUGACUGGUUUUAGGAAGAAUAGUGCAGUAUUUGUGUAUCCUACUUUUUACCUUCCUCAAAAGUUUGCCUCUUAACUUCUGGACUUAAACAUAGGCUGAAGCACAACAAGCUGCUAGCUGUGUGUUCUGUUAGAUUAGGACACCUUUUUCAUUUUAUUGAUUUCUAGAUAGUAAAAAAAAAAAAAGCACAAACAAAUGUAAUUUCUGAGAUGUUCUGAAUGAGAAAUCUUCCUAUUGACUUGUCAACCAAGCUAAAGGUAGUGGAGGCAACCAAUUUGAGAUGGGGUUGUCCAUACCAACCUCUAGUGGGACCAAAACCUAUGACGCCACUAAGGUCCACGGAGUGCCUUGUGUGUCUGUCACUGGUUUUCAUGGGCUAGAUUCUCAAGGCAAGUGAUUGACAAAAUGGCUGCCUCUACUAUGUAGAUGACUGGAACGAAUAACUUUCGUUCAUAUACUUGGAUUCAUUUUGUCAGAUUGUGCUUUGCCUUCCUCUUAUGUUCCAAAGAGUGAAAUGAAGAAAACCCAGUGUUCUUUGUAGUUCUAGUGAAGUGUUUUAUUCUAGAUUGCCAGUAAGUUCUUUCUGUUUGUUCUUUUUCACUUUUCUAAUUAUAUUAAUAGAUCUGAAGCACGAGCUGGCCUUGUGUUAAUGCUAUCUAUUCAGUAUUUUUUAUUUUUUUUCCUUGUGCGUUGAAUAAAUCUAUAACAAAUAUCAUAAUAGGUAGUACAUGGCACAAUCGCUCUGCAGGAAGUUAUGCACAAACUUACCGGGAGUGAGUGACAUGGCAUCAAACUUUUUGCCAAGGUCAAUAGAGGAGUCAGUGCGUGGUAGUAUGUACAGUCUGUGUGUACACAUGUAUGGAUUUUUUUUUUUUUUUUCCUGAUCCGAAGGACUCUUUGUUUCAGACAAGCAGAGAGCUAAAAAUUGUAUAAGCAUAUAAUUGAUAUGUUGUAGAGGACAGAAAACAAAUUUACCAUUGAGCAGGCCAAUGGCACUCUCUAACAAUGCUUUACAUUAGGUGUGUCAAACAGGGUGUCCAAUUGAGGUCCAAUGAACAAGUCUGGAAAACGGACUACUGUAUUUUGGUUCUGAUUUAUUACACUGGGCUAUAAUUUCAACAGCGCAGGCCCCUGGUAAUGGCUGGGUGAGCUACAAACUGUGACAAGUCAAAUGUGCCCAUUAUAGUUGUCACUUUUCAUCCCGCUCCAUCCCCCAGAUACACAGCAUUGAUUGGGAAUUAAGUUCUCCGAACCUGGGCAGAAAACUCAUCCAAGUUCCAAAAAUAUUCCUUACCAAACAGCAUUGGAGUGCUGAUUUGGCGCAGUGAAAAGGCAAUUGGGUUUUUCGGUUAUCUUCAACGGGCCCCUAAUGCUAUGUAUCAUAAUUCUUAAUUGACAGUCUUCCAAAGCUUAGCUAAAAAGUAUAUUUCAGUUAGAAGAACAUGACAUACAUCUCUUGGUUUGUUUGUUUUUUGUUUUUCCAGCACCUGAAAAUUUUAGUUUGGCCAAAAGUAAUGUUAAAGAGGUUCUCCAUGUUACAAGUUUCAGCAGCCCACUCCCUCCCUGGUCAACCUGUGGGGGGGGGAGUAUACUUACCUGCUUCCUGCCACUCAGUUGAAGCUCCUUCAGUUCUCUGCUCUUCGUUUCUUUGCUUUUCAGCUUCCACAGUGGACGGGGGUCACUUGUGCCGCUGCAGCCAAUGACUGCCAAUAGUGAGGACAUGCCUGCCCAAGUUGCAUGUGACCCAGAGUUAUGUCAUUUGGAAGACACAUCACUCCUGUGUCAAGUCGGCUGCAGUGGCAUUCGUGACCUUCAUUAACUCAAAGCUGACAAUCAGGGAAUCGGAGUGUUUCAAACCGAACGCCGGGGAGCAGGUACUUAAUCUUCCGUCUAUUAAUCCACUGAGGAAGGGGGCUGCUGAACAUUGUUCAGACAAAAUCUUCUCAUGCCAAGACAAACACAAGGGUAAGCAGAAAGACACAAGCCAAAAUGUUGCUGCCUGUGAAUAAUUUUUAUGGUGAAAUAAAACCUAGAAGUUAGCUGGAAGCUCUGACGCCUCACAUUUCCUCAAUUCUGCAUAUUGGUGGCCAAGUGGAAGACCACAUUGAGUUUAGCACGGAAGAUUACAACUGGUGCAUGGGACUGAAAUGCUUCACAAUGAAGUAGUGGUGUAUUUUGCUUCUAUUUAACAGAGCUGCAUUAAGAGGUGACCAUCAUGUGGUGACCACUAGUAGGCCCAUAUACUAGUCUAGACAUUCUAAGGCGGCCAGCGAAGUUUAGGUACCCUCAAGCUCUUCAUUUCUGAACUGGCUACCUAUGGUAUAGCCAACGUGUUCCAUUUAAGGGGAAUUUAGACCUAGGCCAAGAUGCCCAGCAGUAACUGACAUAUACCAGGAGUAUUAAUUCAGAAACCACAGUAGGACAGUGGAUUAUCUUCCCUCAGGCUACCAGAAGAUUUAUGUUUGUGCCUUUUUUUUUUUUUUUUUUUUUUUUUUUUAUUAUGUAAAGAUUCUUAACUCAUCUAUUUUAAAGGCUUCUUUUCCAUAAUUUUUAAAUGUUUAGCAAAAACUGAGAUGUGUUAGCAGUUUUCAAUGUCAAUCUUAUACAGGGAUAGGCAUGCUCCAAGUCUAAAAUGGUGCAACACCCUCUCCCAAGGGCAGAAGGAGUUGUGUCCCUAUGAGCGCUUUUUGAUAGACUUCCCUGUUUUUAGAAUGUUAAUAAAGGAAAGGAGGUGCUGCUGGGAAAAAAAAGAUACAACACUGUUGGGAAGGUUUAUAAAGGCUAGGGCGAGACUGAACAGUGGUGUUGCUCAUAGCAACCAAUUGGAUGACAACUGAUUUUGUCCACAAGGGACAAUGAAAGCGGUAACCUGAUUGGCUGCUGAGGGUAACACCCCCGACUUAGUUUUGCACUAGUGUUUAUAUCGGCCCCUGUAUCUGCCUCUUCAUAAUCCAGUGAUACACAUGCUGUUUACAGUUAGAAACUGAUGUAUAAUUAACUAUUUAAGUUACAUAUUAUUUUUUUUUUUAAUACAGACUAAAUGAAGGUAUAAAUAUUAGCAUAAAAUGCACUGAUAUUCCGGCAUAUGUACAGUAUUUGACAAAGAAUGAUUCUGUUCAUUUUGUUAUUUUUGGAUAAUACUGUGUGUUAUCAUGUCUUUGAAAUUAAUAAAGCUAUAAUAUACUUAUUUAUGA